CCGCGCGGUCCCGCCCCCCGCCGCUCCGGGACCCCGGGCAGGAGCCACCAUGGAUCUGGUCCUGGAAGCCGCGGACCGGCACCUCCUGACACCCUACGUGUACCCGGCGGGGUGGCCCGAGGACGAGCCCUGCCGCCAGCUCCUCAGCCUUUUUGUCAUCACCAACCUGGGGGCCCUCGCCCUCUACCUGCUCUUCGGGACCCUCAGCUACUACUUCAUCUUUGACCAUGAGCUCAAGAAACAUCCCCACUUCCUGGAGAACCAGGUGAGCCGGGAGAUCGCCUACGCCCUGCGCUCCCUGCCCUGGAUCAGUGUCCCCACCGUCGCCCUGUUCUUCGCCGAGGUGCGGGGCUACAGCAAACUCUACGACAACAUCGAGGACUCCCCGUAUGGCUGGUCUGGUGUCUUCCUCAGCAUGCUGUCCUUCCUCUUCUUCACUGACAUGGGCAUCUACUGGAUACACCGUGGUCUCCACCACAAGCUGUUCUAUAAGCGUUUCCACAAGCCCCACCACCUGUGGAAGAUCGCCACGCCCUUCGCCAGCCACGCCUUCCACCCCGUGGAUGGCUUCAUGCAGAGCCUGCCCUACCACGUGUACCCCUUCCUGUUCCCCCUGCACAAAGUCACCUACCUGGGCCUCUACAUCUUCGUCAACGUCUGGACCAUCUCCAUCCACGACGGCGACUACCGCGUGCCGCGGCUGCUGCGGCACGUCAUCAACGGCUCUGCCCACCACACCGACCACCACCUGUACUUCGACUACAACUACGGGCAGUAUUUCACCCUCUGGGACAAGAUUGGUGGUUCUUACAAGAGUCCCUCGUCCUUCGAGGGCAAAGGCCCCCACGAUUACUUGCGCAAGCUGCGAGAGAAAGACCCGGGAGCAUCCAAUGGCAUCGCGGCCUCCAAGACUGAGUAGGCUUCCUCCAGGUGUGUCCCUUCUCUGGCUGGAUCUUGUCCCAUACCUCACCAGCCACCCAAGACUGUUUUCCACGGACAAAGAGCCCCUGUCCCCAAUGACGUGACCAGUGUGGGGUGAUUUUUGGUGAGCAUCCGAACCUGCCCUGGUCCCAAAAACGGCAGUGUCCGGCCUUGCUCAACACCACAGAUCUGCCCUGCUUUUCCUACUGCUUUCCCUCCCAGCUUCCUCUGGAUUUCUGCUAAGGUCCCUGCGCUGCUUUAGUGCUGUGCUGAUGCUUUACAAGAAGAAUAACAUGGCACAAAUAGAACAGUAAUUUGGCACAAAUUAACGUGACUCGUGGCAGGGUCUUUGUUCCACUGCUGCGCCCCUUUGUUGAUGAUUAACUGUUUCCAUCAUGGUGUCCAUCGAGACAAGCUGUAUUUUGGAAAAAAAACCCCUACCUUUUGGAAUUGGUGUGGCUUCUGAUGGCUCCCUUGGUGGGACUUCUUGCACUCAGCCUCCUUCCUCUUGCCCAGGGAUGUCCCAUGGAAACAUCAUGCCUGUAGGACAGAGGUGUGCUUUGAGUCUUGUGGAUCUCUCGAGCUCCCUGAGAACACUGAGGGGGAAGG